AUGAAAAUCUGCGUCCUCUCGCUGCUCUGGCCGUUGCAGAGCCUUGCCUCACAUGUAUCAACCGUGGCCGGGUCAACUUCAACUACAGUGUUCCCGCCUCCUGGUAUUACAUUGACACCGAACGAUCCCAAUUUCCCCCCGCAUCCAGGCGGUGUACCUGUGGCCGGCGAAGCGGAAGUAAUUGCCACUGCACCCCAUGCGCCCAAAGUGGACUCGUAUUCCCCCUUGGUAGAGCCACGUCCAUUGGGCGGAAGUGGUGGUGCGUUCGAUCUGCUGCAACACCUGGGUGCCCUAUCUCCCUUUAGGUCGGUUGACUCGUUCGGACUGCCGGACGCGAGUGAAAGUAUUCCAAAUGGGUGCAAACUAAAGCAGGUCCAUUUAAUCCACCGUCACGGAGCCCGGUACCCAACCACCACUUCCCAAGGCACGCCGGGGGCCUUCGCUACCAAAUUACACGCUGCUGCAAGUGCGGGCAACUUGACUGUAAGGGCCCCCUUAGGGUUUCUCAAGGACUGGGUUUACAAACUUGGGAGGAAUGACCUGACGCCUUUCGGACGCCAACAAAUGUUUGAUUUAGGUGCUAGCUUCCGUAUCAAAUACGGGGAGCUACUUGAUGGCUUCGAAGAAUUCCCUGUCUUUAGGACCACAACAUCUGGACGUAUGGUGGAUUCUGCUUUGCAUUUCGCUGCCGGUUUCUUCGGUGUACAGACGUUCCAGCAGGAUUACCAUCAACUCAUUAUUCCCGAAUCUGCCGGGAUGAACAACACCCUCGCCGCUGGGGAGGUUUGCCCCAAUGCUAACAACGAUAUCGCUGCAUUCGGCAUUCUUCAGUCUCUGAAGUGGGCGAAUAUAUAUCUGCAGCCGACUCUUAAACGACUCCAGAAGUCUAUUGAUGGGCUCGAGUUAGAUGUUUUCGACCUGGUCGCAAUGCAGAUGGCCUGCGCGUACGAAACCGUGGCCUUGGGUUUCUCUGCCUUUUGCAACGCCUUCACCGAAGAGGACUGGAGAGGCUACGCGUAUUUGAAUGAGCAUUAUAAACGACGCUUGACAGGUCCUGGUAACCCAGCCGUCGCCGCUCUGGGUGUUGGCUACGUGCAAGAACUGGUUUCUCGGCUCACUCGCACUCGCAUCACUGAGUCCAGUUCAAGCGUCAACGCUACCCUCGCUGGGAGCGAGAUCACAUUCCCAUUUGACCAACCGAUAUAUGUAGAUGCUACUCACGACUCCGGGUUGUCCGCUAUCUUUACCGCAAUGAAUUUCACCUUGUUGGCUGCACAGGGCCCACUCCCUACGGACCACAUUCCUCAUAAACAGUCGUUUUUUGUACAGAAGCAAGUUCCGUUCGGCGCUCGCCUAGUAGGACAAGUUCUGUCAUGCAAAGCUGAACCCGAAGACACACCGUCGCACAUACGUUGGAUCCUAAAUGAUGGCGUGCUGCCUCUGACCGGAAUCAGUGGUUGUACAAAGAGCAAGGACGGAUUAUGCGAGUUAUCUGCUUUUGUGCGGGGAUUGCAGCAGCGAAUUGCGGAGAUCGACUUCGCUUUCGAUUGCUUUGCGAACUACACCAUUCCAGAUCCUGACACGAUUGUCGAUGGCAGGUUCCCUCCCGCCCUCAGGACGAGUGUACCAUAG